AUGGAGGUGGAUGAACCUGUGAGCCCAACUGGGCAAUACUUCACAAGCUCAGUGAUAUCAGUAGCUGUAAUAGCUGUUCUCGAAUCAGAGAAGCCCAUAGACGAUUCUCACACUUUCUCAUUGCUACAAAAUGUCUUUCUUCCAAUCAGCUCUCGUUUCUCCUCAGUCAUGGUGGAAGACGAAAAUGGAACCAAACAUUGGAAAAAGGUUGAGGUGAGUCUCCAAGACCACGUCCGGACCCCGAUUUUACCGGCCGGCCAGCCGCCGGAAUUCUACGACCAAUACUUCUCCGACUACCUGUCCAAAAUAUCCCUAGAGCAGCUGCCCCAAAGCAGGCCAUUAUGGGAAAUUCACAUAUUCAAGUACCCCACAAAAACCGCCGCCGGCAACGUGGUCUUCAAGCUCCACCACGCGCUGGGUGACGGUUACUCCCUCAUGGGGGCCCUCCUCUCUUGUCUCCAGAGGGCCGACAAUCCCGAGAUCCCCUUGACAUUCCCGUCCUUCAACCCAACAAAGGAGGAGGCCCGGAACAAGGCCCGUGAUAGGGCCCAACAAGGGUGCCUGGGUUUAUCCGGCUUGAUUGAUACGGUUCGGGAUUUCGGGUGGAGCUUGAUGAAGAGCUGUAUGAUUGAGGAUGACCGGAGCCCGAUAAGGUCGGGUGACCAAGGAGUCGAGUUCCGGCCGAUCACGAUUUCCACGUUGUCUUUCUCGCUCGACAGGAUUAAGCAAAUCAAGGCCAAUCUUCAUGUGACGAUAAAUGACGUGAUAUGUGGAGUCCUUUUCCUGGGGAUCAGACUCUACAUGCAGUCCGCUAAGCACGAGCAGAGGAAUGCUGAGGCCACCUCGUUGGUUCUUCUCAACACAAGAAACAUCGGUGGCUACAGAUCGGUCUCGGAAAUGGUGGAGCCCGAGGCCGACUCCCCUUGGGGCAACCAAUUUGCUUUCCUACACGUGUCCGUGCCGAAAUUGUCUGCAGACGACACGAACCUAGACGACCCUCUUGAGUUCGUGUUUCGUGCUCGGAAGGUGAUCAAACGGAAGAAAAACUCGGCAGCUGUUGUUUUGACCGGGAAGUUGCUCGAUACUUUGAGGAGAUGGAGGGGCCCUGAGGUGACUGCAAAAUACAUUCAUAGCACAUUAAAGAACACAAGCAUGACAAUAUCAAACAUAAAGGGGCCAAUCGAAAAGCUGUCUUUGUCCAACCAUCCUGUCCAUGGCUUUUACUUCAUGGUCGUGGGCGUUCCUCAGAGCCUUACAAUAACAAUGGUGAGUUAUAUGGGAGAGCUUAGGGUGGCUGUUGGUACCGAAAAUGGGCUGAUUGAUGGGCCCAAGUUCAAGUCCAGCAUUCAGAAAGCCUUUGAUUUGAUUUUCAAAGCUGCAGUCCCUACUCCUUCAAUUAAAAAUGCAUAA